UGUCUCUGACUGUGCGUCCCAACAGCUCUCAGAUGUUUAGAGGACAGUCUGUCUCUCUGAGCUGUGAGGAGGACGACAGCUCUGCUGGAUGGACUCUGAGGAGGAACACAACCAGAGACACCAGGGUUCACUGUACAGGGGGCGGGGGAAGACCUGCUGAUCCCUCCUGUACCAUCAACUUCAUGGUCCCAUCAGACGGUGGGGUGUACUGGUGUGAGUCCAGAGAGAGAACCAGUACCAGCAUCAGCAUCACUGUCCCUGGUGGACCAGUGAUCCUGCAGAGUCCUGUCCUCCCUGUGACGGAGGGACAAGACCUCACUCUGCACUGUAGGACAGAGACGUCCUCCAACCUCCCAGCGUCUUUCUAUAAAGACGGCUCCUUCAUCAGGACUGGGCCUGCAGGUCACAUGACCAUCCCCCAUAUCUCCAGGUCUGAUGAAGGCCUCUACAGGUGCAGCAUCAGCAGUGUUGGAGAGUCCCCCCCCAGCUGGGUCUCUGUCUCAGAGAAACCAACAACUACAAACCCUCCUACAACCUCCACUACCCCUGGCUCCACCUCCUCUGCUCCUCCCUCCGUGUUGUGGUACGCUGUUCCAGUCGGUGUCCUGGUUCUCCUGGUUCUCCUGGGUCUCCUGGGUCUCCUGGGUCUCCUGGGUCUCCUGGUGAGACGAUGCAUCCGUAAGAAACCUAGAGCUGAAGGAGCCGGAGAUGAUGACAUCACAUACAGUGAUGUCACUACAUCACGUAACCUGCAGCGGCCAAUCAGACGGAGCCGAGGUAGAGAUGUUUUAUUAGUUUUCAGAAGACGUGUGUGUGAGUGUGUGUGUGUGUUUUAA